GCGAAGUCGUCGACCCCGAGUCAAUGCAAAGCAAGACCUUCAAAAACCUCACUCCCCUCCUUCCCAAACCUCCGAUUCCGGAGCUCUUCCGAUCCUCGAUCAUCGUCCUCGCCGUGUUGAAUUAGGUUCCGAUAGACGAAUCGAGCGUGGCCUGGUUGGUCUACAGCUCCGCGUCUCCGAUGAUUUGAGCUCCGGGCUUGAGGGCGUCAGAACUGUCGAGGCCUCGGGUCACGAUCACUCUCGGUCGUUCUGGUCAGCAGCGGUUCCAUCACCUGGCCGUGGGAUUGGGCCUGUCACGGUCGAACAGAAACUUGUGGAACCUGUGAAACUUGCGGAACCAUGCCUCCUAUGGAACUGGACGAGUCCGACUCGAUUGCCCCACUUGACGAGAGCCUCCAGUUCAUGCCCUCCGACGACGAGGAGCAAUGGCGCUGGAAGAAACGGUCCAUCUACAGGGUCCCCGCACGCAUGACGGCCCUCAACCACAAGGUCUACCAGCCGCAAGUUGUCUCCUUCGGCCCCUACCACCACGGCAAUAAACGCUUCCUCCCCAUGGAGGAACACAAGCACCGCGCGGUCCGACACUUCCUCAAGCGGUCCAAGAAGCCUAAAGAGUGCUUCUUUGAGUCCCUGAGGGAGGUGGCAUGGGACCUCGAGGAGAGCUAUGAUGCGCUGGACCCGAAGUGGAAGGCAAGCAGCGGCGAGGGUGUGGCACGCCUGUUCCUGGAGCUGAUGAUAACUGACGGCUGCUUCAUGCUUGAGAUCCUGAGGUUCGCAGCCCACAAGGUAGACGACUACGCGCCCAACGACCCCAUCUUCAGUGACCACAGGACCAUCCACAUAAUGUCAGACAUUGGCAAGGAUAUGCUGAUGCUGGAGAAUCAGCUUCCGAUGCUAGUGCUGGAUCGGCUGGUGGCUGUGGAGAGCGAUGGCAAAAAGGUUACUUUCUUAGAUUUCGGUCGGUUGUAAGACGAGAAAACAUUGCAAGUACGCAAACUGCCAUACUAUG